CUCAUGGUCGCAUGCUACCACGGCUUCGGGAAUGUUGUGGCCCUGCUCAGCCGCUGUUCUUUCCUGGAUGUGAACCAGCAGGACAAAGAUGGGAACACAGCGCUCAUGCUGGCUGCCCAAGCAGGCCACGUGCCUCUGGUGAAUCUCCUGGUCAACUACUAUGCGGGCCUGGACCUGGAGCGCCGGGACCAGCGGGGUCUCACGGCGUUGAUGAAGGCUGCCAUGCGGGACCGCUCUGAAUGCGUGGCUGCUCUCCUCAUGGCAGGAGGUUGCAACACUAGCCUCCAAGAUUGCAGUUUCAACAGGAUAAGACUCUAUGGUUUUGAAUGUGCUGACCUGACAGCAGUGGAUCCUGUUAGGGGCAAGACGGCCCUGGAGUGGGCAGUACUGACUGACAGCUUCGACACCGUGUGGAGGAUCCGGCAGCUGCUGCGGCGGCCACAAGUGGAGCAGCUCAGCCAGCACUACCAGCCAGAGUGGCCGGCCUUGGCGGGGCUCGUGGCCCAGGCCCAGGCCCAGGCCCAGGCUGCUCCAUCUCUCCUAGAGCGGCUACAGGGAACCCUGAGCCUCCCUUUUGCCCGGUCUCCUCAGGAGGGGGGUGUCCUGGACCACCUUGUGACUUUCACAACCAGCCUGGCCAGUCCCUUCCUCGCCACUGCCUGCCACACUCUGUGCCCUGACCACCCGCCUGCACUGGGCACCCGAAGCAAGUCGGUGCCAGAGCUGCUAGGUACUGCCCCGCCCCCUCCCCCAGUCCCUUCCCCUCCCCUGGUAGUCCCUGGUCCCCGAGCCUUUGUCCCCUACCAGAGCCCUCAAGGCAUAUUGAGUGUGUUCCCUCAGUGGCUACAGCCCAGGGACAGUACCAGCCCGAGGCCCCAAGUCCCCAAGAUCCUCCUCUCCAAGGCAUCCUCAUCCUCCAGCCAGUGCAAGCUGAACCGCAGUCCUGCGGGGCAUCAAUGUCUGGCCCUUCCUCUCUGGCGAUACCAGCAGCUCAGGAUGGAGAGGAGGAGGCAGGAGGAGGAGGGCUAG